UUAGUAAAUCAGAAUAAAAUGUCGACUCAUCAUCCGUUCUUGGAACGAAGAUGUACUUAUCAUGACCGACUGACGGAUUUAAUUAGUUCUACAUUUGCUGGAUAAGUCAUAAGCGGGCCAUAGUUUCCGAAGUCUUCUUUAUUUACUCGUAUAGUUGGACAUUUCAUACAGUCGUUUGCUCGUUAAUAAUCUGAAGCAGAUUUCCCAACAGCCACCGCUUAAAAUGCAGGUUACUUGUCGGCUUCUCAAUCAGGAAACUUUCACCAUAGACGCCGAGCCAUCCACAACCGUCGGUGAAUUGAAGAAAAAAAUCGAAGAGCUCAAAGGAGACGAGUUCAAGUCGGACACCCUCAAACUGAUUCAUUCAGGGAAGAUAUGGGAUCGCAAUGAAGCCACAUUAGAGAGCGAAAACUACAAGGAAGCUGGAUUUGUUGUGGUGAUGGCUCGUAAAGCCUCAGUGAAGCCCGCAGAGACUCCCAAAGCUCCAACAGAAUCAAAAGCCCAACCACAAACUGCCAGUCAACCUGCGCAGCUACCUACGCCUCCCGUCGUAGCGAACCCUGCUCCGGCGGCUGCCCUUGCUGGUCCACCUCAGAAUGUCGGAUUUGGAAUCUCCCCGGACAAAUACAAUGAAAUGGUAGAGGCCAUUGUCCAGAUGGGCUAUCCGAAAUCCGAAGUGGAAAGCGCUUUGCGCGCUUCCUAUUUCAAUCCCGAACGGGCUGUGGAAUAUUUGAUCUCGGGACUGCCACCUGUCAGUGGCGGCAUUCCCCCAGCCGUUCUAUCCGGAAAUCCCGCAGGUGCAGCGCAGCGACCAGCACAGGCUGCGCAGCCGGUUGCAGAAGCUGGAGCCGCCGCCGGAGGUGCGGAUCCGUUGGCUUUUUUCCGUGAUAGCCCACAAUUUGCACAGAUGCGACAAAUGAUACAACAAGAUCCACAGCUUCUUCGUAAUUUCAUGCAGGAUAUUAGUCAAGCUAAUCCACAACUGAUGCAGGCCAUUCGGGAUCAUGAAGAAGAAUUUCUGGCUAUGUUGAACACAGAAGCAGCCGAGGGAGAUGAAGAAUAUCCCGAAGGACUGGAAGGUCUUCAGGCUGCGCUUGGUGGACUUGCUAAUGCCGGAGGAGCUCCUCCACCAGGUGUUCAUUACGUGAACGUGACACCGGAAGAGAAUGCUGCCAUUGAGAGACUGAAAGCAAUGGGAUUUCCGGAGCAGAUGGUGAUAGAAGCAUUCUUUGCUUGCGACAAGAAUGAGGAAAUGGCCGCCAACUUUUUGUUAUCAAAUCUGGAUGAAUUGGAUCCUGGAAGAGGGCUGUAGAUGUCGUGAAGAUGGACGAAGAUGGUUUUAGCCGAAUAUUUCUGUUCCGACGUGACAUGAUUUUCUUCGUUUACCGGAAAUCGGUUUUUCCUGGGAUAGCUUUCAUUAUCAAUAACUCGAUUCGAUUUGAACCGCCAUGGAUGAUUUUGUUUGGCAGAUGGGUUUAGCCGUUUUGGUUUGCUUGUCAAAUAUUUAUUACCACGCUUUGCGUAUUUACACAGUUUCCCAUGCAACCUGGAACUCGCCAUUCAGUUUCAGUUUUCGCAAAAUUCAAAAUCACAUUUUUGGUGUUCGUACUUUUUUGUGGUGACUUAAAGCGAUAUGCUCAUGCGAAUUCUGCUGUGUCCGCGUUACCUGCGUUCAUAACGCGCUUUUUUACUUCCUCCGAAUUUUAUUAAAACAGUACGAAAUCUG